AUGGCCACCGCUCUCCAACCCUCCUUUAGUCUACAACAGCCUGAGGAUUCCAUGGAGAUCUCCUCCGAGUAUGGCAACAUGGACGCCGACAUCGACAUUGACCUCGACGCCCCCGACGCCGCCGACACAAACAUGAUGUCUUUCCAACAAGACGAUCACCAAAUGCAGGAAGAUCCAAAAUCUGAUCGUCCGGACGACGAUCUUAUGAUCGAUGACUCUAACCUCGAAGACACGGACCGAAUGAUGCAAGACGAUGCCCUGCCUCCUCAGGAACAAGAUGAGGAGCUGCUAGACUUCAGUGAAGACGAGGAAGAUGUCCCCAUGAACCCUGCAGAACCCCCUCAACCCGAACCCCAGCAUGCGCCUCAGCCUGAAGCGCCCAUUGAGCAGACUGCCAUUCAAGAGGAGCUCAUCGAGCAAGUUCGGUCAGAAACUGCAACUGAGCUUCUGACCCAGGGUGUCCAACCCGUCGACAGCGUGGACACCGAAAUAGCCCCCGCUCAACUACAUCCCCAAGUUGAGGCACCGCAACCCGUGACCGACUCAACCGUGACCAGCCAUGAGCCUAGCGACCCCAACCAAGUAUCUCUCGAUCAGACCGCCCAGUCAGAGGCCCAGUCCCAGGUCCAGAAAGAAGCGCAACCAGUGAUCGUCACAGCUUCCGCUGAGCAGGACGACACAUAUGUGCAACAAUCCGUCGUCGAGUCUACUGAAACUCUAAGUGCAUCUAACGAUAGCCUCGAUCAAAGCGUACAAGCUGCUCCCCAGGUCCUCAACGAAGAGAAACACCAAGCAGAAGGUAACGAUAACAACGAGACAAGCCUCACUCAAGAAGACGAUGAUCAAUCUGUCCAACGCACUUUAACCCGUCAAGAAACCGAUCUCUCGAACUAUACUGUUCCUGAUGACUACUCUCGCGAGAGACAAGUCAACUCCCCCACCGUGACUGGGCUGCACCCAACUAUUGUUGAGUAUCAGGAGAAUGAGAUCUACCUCUUCCCCUCGAGGGACCCUGCUGUACCCGAGCAAUAUCUAUUGCAGAAUGAGAACCUUGUGACUACCAGUCUUGGUGACUUGCUUCAAGCUUGUCGCACUGCACUUGCCGAUAACAUUGGCGAAGAUGAAGAGCUGGUCUUGGGUGUUGAGGAGUUGGAUCUCUUUGUGAGCGAAGAUUCAACACCCGCCUUUUCUACCAGCUUUUCUGAGCUACUAGACAUGUAUCUGCAGUUGCACAAGUUUGACGGCAACGAUAACCCUCCCCCUUUCCGUGUGUCUUUGUCCACCAAAACUAGAUUCAGUAAUCGUCUGGCUUCGAUCACUCAGGCCAUCUCUGAAGGCAAGGGCUUUUCACAGCUUCCCUUCUUACAGUAUUACGAUUACGACGUACCUACCGAAUUGCCUGAUGAGGACUUUGACGAUGACUUCAAUGAGAUCAUCAAGUCUGAUGAACAGCAGCAACUGACCGACGAGGGUGCUUCCGCCGUUGAGAGCGUACAAAGCGCUGUUGAUGAUCAGCACGUUGCCGAGAAAACCUCAGCUCCAACUGAAGAGCUUCAAACUGGAACAACCGACCCUGCCCAGGAGGGUGAGUAUGAAGAAGAAGCAUCUGCUCAAGCUGAAAUGCCUACCGAUGCUGUCGACCAGUCCGAGUACAAUCACGAUGAGACCCAGUACUUUGACGCGCAAGGCGAUGAGUCUGAACUGGUUGGUGAGAGCCAUGGUGGUCAAGAAUCAUCUGACGAAGCCGGAGUCCAAUCCAAGAUUUCGAAUACGCAAGCCGUCGCUGAGGACAGCACUCAUAUUGACGGUGUUAUUGUCGAAGAGACUGCCGACGCCGAACACGUGUCUGAGCACGGUGAUGCAGAAGAGUUUGAGCAGCAAGACGAAAAACAGCAAGAGUAUGAAGAGAAUGGCGAGCAGCACGUGUUCGGCCAGGGCGAAUUCUUUGACGAGAACUACGAUUACCAAGACGGUGAAGUAAACGAAGAUGAUAACACGCACGCCGCUGGAGAAGAAGCGUUUGGUGAUGAGCAUGAUCAGGCAGAGCAGGAUAUCGAUGCUUCUGUUGUCGAGCAGACUGCUGCUGCCUCUGCGUCGGUCGAGAUUGCUCACGAAAGCGAGUCCGAGACCGGCCACGAAGACGCACAAGACGCUGUGCACGACGAAGACAAAGAUGAUGCUGAUCAGCCCGCCGCAUCUGGCGCUGGCACCGAAAACAAGAGUGCUGCAGUAUAUGAAGCUGCCAAUGAAGAUGCUGCCAAGCGUCACUCACCUGCAGUCGAGGAUGAUGACUAUGACGAGAUCAACUUUGACGAUGAGGACGGCUAUGAUGAUGACGGCGCCGAACUCGCGCCCACACUUACAAACACCUCGAGCAAGGCUUCUCCAGGAGGCAAGCGCUCAUUCUCUGAGCUUGAUCAAGUGGAUGAUGAGCAAGACAGCAAGAAGGCACGCGCAUCAUGA